AGAGAAAACAGAGAGGGAGGCAGAGCAGAUCCAGGCAUUAGCAUACUGACAGAGUUCCAGCACUGCAGAUCUCUCUCUCUCUGUCUCUUGUUUUUGUUUUUUAGUCUGUCUGUAAAAGACAGGAAGACAAGGAGAGCAGGGAGGAGGACGAGUGUGAAACAAAUCCUGUGUGACGGAUGAGAAAGGAGGAUAUCUGCCUUUUUCACUGGUCCCAGCACAGAAUUCAGAAGCCACUUAAUGAAGAUGCUUGAGGCUGGGAGUUAGAGCGCUCCACCCUAUAGAGCGUGUUCCAGGGCUGGGGCUGGAUCCAGAGACCCCUGCCUGGGGGGUGAAGGGCCCUCACAGCCCUGUGUGAGCCUGGACUAUGGGGGAUGGAGGCGCAGGUGCAACUGGAGGAGAUGGGGUGAACAAGUCCCAUGUCCUGUUCGACAAAUUUGUCCAGGGGACCACGUGUAAGGGCACGCUCAAGGCCUUCCAGGAGCUGUGUGACCACCUGGAAGUCAAGCCCGGCGAGUACAGGAUCUUCUAUCACAAGCUCAAGUCCAAACUCAACUACUGGAAGGCCAAGGCGCUCUGGGCAAAGUUAGACAAAAGGGCCUGCCAUAAGGAGUACAAAAAGGGCCGUGCCUGUGCCAACUCAAAGUGUCUGAUCAUUGGUGCGGGACCAUGCGGCCUACGCACAGCCAUCGAGCUGGCUUUCCUGGGGGCCAAAGUGGUGCUGUUGGAAAAGAGAGAUGCCUUCUCUAGGAACAAUGUGCUGCACCUCUGGCCCUUCACCAUCCAGGACCUCAGGGGCCUCGGGGCCAAAAAGUUCUACGGAAAGUUUUGUGCUGGUGCUAUCGAUCAUAUCAGUAUUCGUCAGCUUCAGUUAAUUCUUCUGAAAGUGGCACUCCUGCUGGGCAUUGAGAUCCAUGUCAAUGUAGAGUUCAAGGGUCUUAUUGAGCCCCCACAAGAUCAAGAGACUGAAAGGAUAGGCUGGAGGGCUGAGGUCCACCCCAGGACACACCCUGUCAAUGAGCUGGAGUUUGAUGUCAUCAUCGGAGCAGACGGAAGGAGGAACACACUACCAGGGUUUCGGCGUAAGGAGUUCCGGGGCAAGCUUGCCAUUGCCAUCACUGCGAACUUCAUCAACAGGAACACGUCAGCGGAGGCAAAGGUUGAGGAGAUCAGCGGCGUGGCCUUCAUCUUCAACCAGAAGUUCUUUCAAGACCUCAGAGAAGCAACAGGUAUUGACCUGGAAAACAUUGUCUACUACAAGGAUGACACACACUACUUUGUGAUGACUGCCAAAAAACAGAGCCUGCUGGAGAAAGGAGUCAUUCUGCAUGACUAUGCAGACACAGAGCUGCUGCUGUCCAGAGCUAACGUGGACCAGGCUGCCCUGCUGUCGUAUGCCAGCGAGGCUGCAGAUUUCUCCACCAACCAUCAGCUGCCCGCACUGGACUUUGCCAUCAACCACUACGGCCAGCCCGACGUAGCCAUGUUCGACUUCACCUGCAUGUACGCUUCAGAGAAUGCCGCCAUGGUGCGCCAACGCAAUGGCCACAAGCUGCUGGUGGCGCUUGUGGGCGACAGCCUGUUGGAGCCCUUCUGGCCCAUGGGCACUGGCAUCGCCCGAGGUUUCCUGGCAGCCAUGGACUCAGGCUGGAUGGUGAAGAGCUGGGCUCAGGGAAAAACCCCUCUUGAGGUUCUGGCUGAGAGGGAGAGUAUAUAUCGUCUACUGCCCCAAACCACGCCAGAAAACGUCAGUAAGAACGUCAGUCAUUUCAGCGUGGAUCCAACCACACGUUACCCCAACAUUAGCCUUAACUUCCUCAAGCCCAGCCAGGUGAGGCACCUCUGCGACACAGGGGAGUCCAGGGAAAUGCACAUUGAAAUUGAGAAUGUGAUCAACUCGUCAACACCCAAGUUGGCCAGGAAUGACAAUUGCCUGCUUGACAAGCAGUUGCAAGAAUCCAUAGCUCGAUCCAGUAAGCUGCUGAACUGGUGUCAGAGACAAACGGAGGGAUACAGGAAUGUUAAUGUAACCGACCUUACGAUGUCUUGGAAGAGCGGUCUGGCCCUGUGCGCCCUCAUUGACCGAUACAGACCGGACCUCAUUGACUUUGAUUCCCUGGACGAGCGAGACCAGGAGAAGAACAACCAGUUGGGUUUCGACGUGGCGGAGAGGGAAUUUGGCAUUUCGCCCUGCAUGACUGGCAAGGAGAUGUCUUCUGUGGUAGAGCCAGACAAACUCUCCAUGGUCAUGUACCUCAGCCAGUUCUAUGAGAUGUUUAAGGACACAGUGCCACCCGGAGAUAACCACAACUUGAGUCCUGAGGAGAAGGCAGCACUGAUAUCCAGCACCAAAUCUCCCAUCUCCUUCCUCAGCAAACUUGGUCAGAGCAUAGCAAUAUCCAGGAAGCGAAAUCCAAAGCAGGACAAAAAAGAGAAGGAUGUGGACGGUUUGGGGAAGAGAAGGAAAACCAGCCAGUCUGAAGAUGAGGAGGUAUCCAGGACCGGUUGUGACGACAGGCCGCCUGUCACAGCUGUCCUGUCGGAGAAAAAAAUGGACCCCUGCGCCGCGGGGAACCACAACAAAGUCAAAGUCAUGGCCACCCAGCUGCUCGCCAAGUUUGAGGAGAACGCUCCGCAGCCUACAGGACUCAAACGGCAGGGGGAGUCUCUGCCCAAUCUGGACCGCCUUUCGCCCCUUAUCCCGCCCAAAACCCCUUUGAAUGAGCCGGUGCGCCUGGCACCUGUCCCAGCAUGGAGAAAGAGACGCACACAGCAGCAGGAGCAGCUGAGCAUUCGCUACAAAGAAAUGAUCAAGUGUCAGACACUGCCUAACAGAGGGGAGCAGGCCAGGAGUGGUGCAGACCAACUGUCCAGCUCGGGCUCUCGCAGCUGCCCAAAGAAAACCAUUCUGCUCCCUUCUUCCUCCUCCACUUCCUUGCUCUCUCUUCACUCAGAGCAUUUGCGUAAAAGUCCGGAGGAAGAGGAGCUUGAAUACUACGAGAUGCCUCUAAAAUACGGGGAGUGGAAGCUUCCGCAUCUGACAGACCCAAGACCCAUUCACAUACCUGGUAUACAGGAGAGGGCAGAUCGCCUAAUCUCCAGGUUUAAGGGCAAACCUGACAGGCCACCAAAGCCUAAGAAAAAGCCGUCCCGUUUCUUUUUAGAGCAGUGGCACUUGUCCCGGGACCAGAGUGUGAGUCCUGGUUUACCACUAUCCUCUCCUGACUCUUCCAGAAAGGAGCCAGCAAGGCCUCUACACUCUGAUGAUGAAAUGCCCUUAUAUGUGCUUAGCAUUCAGGAGAGGGCUGAGCAACUUGCCUCUCAGUUUGAGGGCAAGUCAGCCAGACCACAGCCUAAGAAAAAACCCUCACGUUUUUUUAUGGAACAAUGGCACCUGCCCCGAGCCCAGUCUCCUCCUGAUUCUCCCCCCUCCACCUCUGACACCUUGAGACAGCGCUAUGUAAGGAUGUACACAGGUGGAGUUAGCUCAUUGGCUGAGCAGAUAGCCAAUCAGCUUCAGUCUCAGGAAGACCCUAAGCCCCUACCCGAAAAGAGGGAUUUGGGCUCUCUCAGAAAAGAGUUCCCCGUCAACAUCGGCGGCAGUGAUGUGUGCUUCUUCUGCCGAAAGCGUGUGUACGUGAUGGAGCGGCUAAGCGCAGAGGGGAAGUUCUUUCAUCGCAGCUGCUUUAAGUGCGAAUACUGUGGCACCACACUGCGACUGUCCUCCUACGCCUUUGAUGUGGAGGAUGGGAAAUUUUACUGCAAGCCCCACUUCUGUUACCGUCUGUCUGGCUAUGCUCAGAGAAAGAGGCCUGCUCCCUCCCCUGCUCCAGUCACUGCAAAGGAGAACCAGGCACCCCAAACUCCUACGGCGACCGUCGAUGCCCCCGGAAGGGCGAUGGCAGCGGCAGCCCCCUCGGCCGAGCUCCAGCCCUCAGUGCCGGAGGUCAACGGCCUGCAGGAGCCCAGCCUAGCUAAACGUCUGCGGGGAACUCCAGAGCGCAUCGAGUUGGAGAACUACCGCCUGUCCCUGCAGAAGGAGGAGGAGCUGGAGGAGGUGCCUGAGGAGACACUGGCAGAACACAACCUCAGCAGCGUGCUGGACAAGGCCACAGACGCUGACCUGGGCUCCAGUAGCUCCGAGUCAGACAUGGACGAGGAGGAUGAGCAGGAGGAUCAGGAGGAGGUGGAGCAGCAACCUCUCAGCCCCUCCGAUCUCGGCGGUGUUCCCUGGAAGGAGGCGGUGGAGCUCCACGCCAAACUGAGGGGCGAGGAAGAGGGCGAGGAGGAGGAGGGGGAGGAGGAGGGCGAGGAAGAGGGCGAGGCUCGGGCCGACGCAGUCAGCAGAGACGGAGAAGUAGAUGAAGACGAGGAGGAAGAUGAGGAUGAAGAUGAUGACGAGUCGAGCGACGAGGGGGAUUACUGCCCCUGGGAUAGAGAGCUCCAGUCAGGCCUUUGGCUGGAGAAGCACCUCACAGAUGAAGAAGAUGUUGGUACAUUUAAAGCAAGGAACCUAAGGAUCCAACAGAUCCUGCAGCCUGUGGACCCUCAGGCCAUCCCAGGUUUGGUGAGAACACACGUGGACUCUGAGGGAAACACGGAGGGCCAGCUGGCCUCAGCCUCCCAACUCUCCCAACCCUCUGAGCUCACGCAGGCCUCCUCUACAGCCCUUGCCCACAAGUCCGCCCGACACGAGGCAGUGAGAGUCUGGUUGGAGUCCAUGUCUGGAGAGCCCUGUGAGGAUGGAGAUCUGGAAGCAGAAGCAGACAGUCCGGAUAUGGAGCCUGGUACAGAGAUGGAUCAGGAUGACAUCCCUUCAGAUGCAGAAGCUGAGGCUCAUUUGCAUCAGUCAGAUCGUGCCGAAGAGCUUCCCGAGGAAGACAAGAAAUCAGAAAGUCUGAGAAUGUCCUCCAGUAUUGAACCAUCCAGCAUCAGCCCCAUGCAGAAAGAAGAUGUUGUUCUUUCCCCACUCAAUCCAUCUCCAGAGCCUGAAUCACAGAUAACUCUGGUGAUGUCUCCUGGCACCCGCUUUUUCCCAGAACCGUUCAUACCAGAGGAAAGGAAGCCUGAGAGGACAUCUCCCUCUCCAGCCGCCAAGAGCCCUCUGUUCGCUUCACCUGCACCAGUCCGUGAUCCUUCUUCCGUCCCUUCUCCUACUCCCUCCCCUGUCAAUGUCCCUGCCUCAUAUCCCCUGAGUUCACUCACGAAAUCAUCACCAGUCAUCGAGUCACCCGUCAGAUCACCCGUCAGAUCCCCUGCCAAGUCACCUGUUGGCUCCCCGAUCCGCUCUCAGCCCACCCCCUUACCAGAGACUUGCACACCUAUAUCUCCCGUCUACCCUCACCGAUCUAUUUGCCCUCUCACAGGCAACUCCCUCUCCCCAAUCUGUGCUCGGCCUUUGCUCUGCCAGGAACCCUCGUCACCCCUCGCCUCUGACUCUCCGGUCAGAACUCAGCCUGUCCCUGCGGUCACUUCCACGCCCAUGACCAAAACAGACAAGGGCCCGCCCGAGCCUUCAAAUUCUGUAGAUUCCUCAACAGAGGAAACUCCAUCUAAAAAGACAGAUAUCAUUGAGGAAUUUUGGUUAAAGAGUGCCGAGAUCAGAAAGAGCCUCGGUUUGACUCCUUUGGACCGCAGUAGUAAGAUCUUAGAGAGGAGUGUUGUCACGGCUCCAGUGCAGGACACCACCCCUGUUAAGACACAGUCUCCAGACGUUUUAGAGGAACAGAAGCCUGCCUUCACUGGCCGCGCUGUCAUCCGCAGACUCAACAUAACUCUUGAGGGUCAGGUCAUUACCCCCAUUGCUCUUGCGGAGCCCAAGAGUAAUGGCUCUGAUAAGAGGGACCUGAGCAGCAGCUCUGGCCUGGGGUUGAACGGGAGCAUGGCCACGAGCCAGACAGCAAAUAGUGACAGCUACAACACGUCCGACUCCACCAUGCUUACCCCGCCCUCCAGCCCGCCGCCACCUGUGCCUGCUAAUCAGUCUCCUGCUGUGUUCCGGCAGCAGAGACACCAGGUGUCUUGGAGCAACGGGAUAGAAAAACCUCUACCUGAGCGUGCCAAAGAGCCAGCAAAAGUCAAGAGUCCUGUUCCUGCACCGAGGACCCAGCUGAGCCCCGUGUCCGCACCCAAACCCGCACCCAGGAAAGUCUACUCACCCCAGGCAGAUCCAGAACCAACUCCAGUGGUUGUCAUGAGGGAGAAGAAGAAGCCACGGCCGCAGGAGGUGAGGAAGUCGUUUGUGGAGACGGUGGAGGAGAUUCCGUUUGCCGAUGACGUGGAAGAGGCCUAUGAUGAGCGGACACCAGAAACGAGCAUGAACCGGUACUAUACUCCACCCACCAGCAAGCCCAGCAGGUACAGACCUCCCCUACAUCUGGCUCUAGCCAUGGAAAAUGGUAAACCAAGUAUCCAUGUCAACCAAGCCUCUAAGACCGAGAGGGCAACUCAGUUCUCCCCAGAGGCCAAAGAGAUCGCUGAGGAGAGAAUGAAGGCCAGAGAAAAGUCAGUCAAGAGCCAGGCUCUGAAAGACGCCAUGGCCAAGCAGCUCAACAAAAUGAAAGAAUCUGACAUACACAAGGGUGCCUUACCUAAAACGGCCUGGAGCGUAACCCCAGAUGCUGUCGGAAAAAGUAAAAAGUCAGCCGGGUCUCCGAAGACAUCAACCGUGAAAGCUCUGGAGUCAAAGAAGGCUGAUAUUUUACCUGAGCGUUUCUUCAGCAGCAACAAGAGUCUGGACAGCUCGGUGGCUUCGUCAGAUGGCUCCUCUACGAGUAAGAGCAAGAAACGAAGUUCCCUCUUCUCGCCGCGCAAGAAUAAGAAGGAGAAAAAGGCCAAGAACGACAGCAGCAGGCUCUCCGGCACAGACGAGACACCGCCCAAACACAAGUCGCUGUGGAAGGCCGUCUUCUCAGGGUACAAGAAGGACAAAAAGAAGAAGGAUGAUAAAUCAUGUCCGAGCACGCCGUCCUCCAGUUCCACCACUCAGGACUCUGGGAAGAAGAAAACCUCACCAUCAUCAGACUUGAAAUCCCGCAGAAACUUGAGCUUCUCUGAGGAAUCCGACCUGUCCUGUGAUGAUGUUCUGGAGAGGUCCUCCCAGAAGUCAAAGGCAGAUCAGCACACGGACAUCUUUGACCUAGUAUCAGGCAUGCAGAAGGAAGCGAUUAAGGAGGAGAAACUGGAGAAGGAGAGAAGGAGGGAGUUAAAGGAAAGGAAGAGGGUGAAAGAGAGGCAUAAAGAAAGAGAGCGGGAAAAAGAGGUUGAUCGAGAAAAGGAGAAAAACCAUGAGGAGUCUGUUUAUGUCCCUCACGCACUGGCGUUCAAGAGAUCGUACGCCACAAAGAAAACCUACACAGAGGAAGAGCUGAAUGCCAAGCUGACACGAAGGGUCCAGAAAGCUGCACGACGACAAGCCAAGCAGGAGGAACUCAAGAGGCUGCACAGAGCCCAGAUCAUCCAGAGACAGUUGGAGCAGGUGGAGGAGAAGCAGAGGCAGCUGGAAGAGAGAGGCGUAGCUGUGGAGAAAGCUUUGAGAGGAGAAGCAGGAUUGUAUAAAGGUACUUAUACAUUACCCAAACAGCACAAAAGAAGAUCAGACUAUUGGGGAGAUUCUAAUUACAGUGAAGUCCUGGACUUGCAUCUGGGCGUUGAGCCCUUUGUGGGGAUGCCACGCCGAAGACCCCUCUCCUUCUGCCCCUGCUGUUCCCCUGAAGGCAUGGGCAAGAAGGACGAUCCCAAGCUAAUGCAAGAGUGGUUCAAGCUGGUGCAGGAGAAAAAUGCCCUGGUCCGCUAUGAGUCAGAACUCAUGAUAUUUGCCAGAGAGUUGGAGCUGGAGGACCGACAGAGCCGCCUGCAGCAGGAACUCCGGGAGCGAAUGGCUGUGGAAGACCACCUGAAGUCGGAGAAGGAGCUUAGUCAAGAGAGGCAGAUCUUGAAUGAGAUGUUGGAGGUGGUGGAGCAGCGUGACGCCCUGGUGGCCCUCUUGGAUGAGCAGAGGCUUCGGGAGAAAGAGGAAGACAAGGACCUGGAGGCUGUAAUGCUGUCCAAAGGCUUCAACCUCAACUGGGCUUAGGAGGAAUGAAAUAAUUGCUCAUCAAGCCCUGGGAAAGAGUUGACAGGCGGUCUCUGCCUCGCGUGGUCAUCUUGGAUCAGGAUAGUCUGCUGAACACCUGCAGCAGUGAAUGUGUAAAGAUUCCCCCAACACACACACACACACACACACAAACACUACAACUGCCUCUGACAUUGAAGCAGUAUGCAACGUUUACAUAUCCUCUACCCGAAGGCAGUCCCAGUUAAUCACUUUGCAGUUUUUCGCAGCUCUCGCUCUCUGAGGGUGUAGAAGCAGGUACAUUCACAGCUUUAUCAGCCCAGCCUUGAAGUGGCUCCUCUCAAACAGAGGGCAGGCUUUGGGAGAAUGUUUAAAGACUUGUCUCAUUCUCGAUUAUUUAAAGGGAAGAAUGCAGUUCGGUCCUGCUGAUGUAAAGGAAUUGUAAAGAAUUGUGUUUUUGUGUACAGUUGUAAGUAAGUCACAUUGUCGGCGGAUGAGGGUCAUCUCUUUUUUUCCCGAAAAGAAGGACUGCUACAGAGGUGUGUUUAAAUGCUGGAGUGAUGUCUCCAGUCUCAGUCUCAGAUUCUCCUUUCCACUCUGACUGUAGGACGAACAUCCUCUGCUGAAGCUGCCUUUCUAUCCAGUGACAAACUGACUUCUGCAUCUUUAUGAACCAUAAAGACACCAUAAAAGGCUCCGUUUCCCCCCCCCUCACAGUGUUUUUGUGUUUAUGAGUCAACACUAAGAAACCAUUAAAUAUGACCAUGGUUUUAAUGUAUUUAUUAUCUUUGUCUGUUUUUAACAGAUACACAUUUUUUGUUUUGUUUUGCAUUCACAGGAGAGUGCCCUGCAUCUCAUUAUCUUGCACUUGUGCAUGACUCAGAUGCACCCAUAAGCCAUUGCAUGUCAGGAAUGAAGGCUGCAGGCACAUAAAACGAACUUUACCUUGUCUUUGAUAGCUAGGGCAUAGAAUACAGACUUAUACUAUUUAUGAACACUCAAGCAUUUCACAUGACUCGAUAACGAUGGGCCUCUCCUUGACAUGCCAUUCACUGUACAUCACACUGACAGUUAACAUUUACGAAUGCUUGUCCAUAUUCGAGAUCGAAUGUUUAUGUUUCCUACUGUGGUAAACAGUAGUGAGGUAAAACAACCGUUGAAAGGAUUCAUCUUUGAAGGAACUGUCUCUUCGAGUUCAUGUUUUCCAGCGUGGGAUGUUCUCAUUAAUGAAGCCGAUUUCACUGUUGUUAAUGGGAGAUCAGCGUAGCUCACAUUACUCGUUUUGUGCCACAGGACUGUCUCCGUUGGUGGAUAUGCUGCAAUAUCUGAGAAAUACACCACGAGGACUUACACACUACACACCACUCACAUCAAUAUUUGGCAGUGUUAAUACUUUACCCUUGAACGAGAUGCCUUUUUCAUUUUCAUUCUCUAUACUUAUAUUUUAUUAUGAUCCUGUUUGUUUUUUGAGGUAGUCACAUAUGUGUGUCCCACUGGAACUCAAGAUUCUUUUUUUUUUCUAAUACUUUUAUACAGCACGUCCCCACACAAACAAAUAGAUGAUUUUAAAUAGGUCGCUUAAGAAAUGCAAAGUGCUUUAUGAGCAACUUGCAUCAAACAGGAACGUUAUUACCUAAACCUGGUGGGCAGUCAAAUCUAAUAGCCUUUUCGACAACUGUAAAAAUCCAGAUGGUCACUGUUUUACGGCACAGAAACACUAGAGGCUAUAUUUAUGACUUGGUAUGAGCUGUGAAUAAAAAAAGUGAUAUCAUUUUGGGUUGUUGUUUUUAGAUGGUGUGUGAUAAGUUUGACAUGAUUGUAUUGAUAUUUAUUAACAUGUGUGCAAACUGUAUUAUAUGUAAAGAAAAUGAAUCCUAAUUUUUAAACUGUUCUGUUGACACGACUUGUAAUGUAAAUGCUUCAUGUAGCUGAAAUGCAUAGGGGUGUUGGAUGUAUGCUGAAAACGGCAAUAAAACAAUGCAGUUCUUUUAAA